UAGCAAACUAAUCCUCGCCGGAAAAAAGUAGAGACGAAGCCAUGGUUAAGUUUCUGAAGCAGAACAAAGCUGUGAUCCUCCUUCAAGGCCGUUAUGCUGGUAAGAAGGCUGUCAUCAUCCGUUCCUUCGACGACGGCAACCGCGAGCGUCCUUACGGACACUGCCUCGUAGCCGGACUCAAGAAGUACCCGAGCAAGGUCAUCCGCAAGGACUCGGCCAAGAAGACUGCGAAGAAGUCGAGAGUCAAGUGUUUCAUCAAGGUCGUUAACUACCAGCAUCUGAUGCCUACUCGUUACACGUUGGAUGUAGAUCUGAAGGAAGUGGCGACUCUCGAGGCUCUGGCUUCGAAGGAUAAGAAGGUGGCGGCUCUUAAGGAGGCUAAGGCUAAGCUCGAGGAGAGGUUCAAGACUGGGAAGAACAGGUGGUUCUUCACCAAGCUCAGGUUCUGAGAACCGAGUUUCUUUACAGUCUACUUUUGUAGUUCUAGAAAUGAAUGUGGAUCGUGUUUUGGAUGGUUUAAGACUUUUGGUUUGAAAUUGAUUCUGGGUUUUGUCUUUAUUACUUGUCAAUUUUAAUCAUUUGUAGCUGCGAGUGUCUGCUUUGAUUAUGUCUGGAGAAACAUUUUCAUUUCAUUUUGCUUCCGAUCUUUAUAUUUCAGUGGAAUUUACCGUCAA